CCUCACCACGGCAUGCUCUCUGGCUUCUGAGGCAGCAGUGAGAAUGCGGGCAGUUUGGUGCAUGAUCUUGUACUUCUUUGGAGCGAGAGCUGAGAUAACUCAAACCUCAAGUCUGGUGCUGAAAGAAGAUGAGAAUGCUACUCUGAAAUGCAGUCAAAAUGAUAAUCACAGUUAUAUGUAUUGGUAUAUGCAGCAGCCAGGGAAGGGCCUGCAAUCAAUCUAUUAUUCAUACAGAACAAGUCAGAUUUUUAAGGGUGAUGUUCACACUGGAUACGAGGCUAAGAGGUUAAGCCAAGAAGUCUUUCAUUUAGAUAUCGUGUCUGUAAAGAAGAACCAUUCAGCUGUCUAUUUCUGUGCCUCCAUGGCAGACAAUUCUGGUACUUCUUCAAAAUACUGUGCAAACUCACCACUGAGCUUCGGACAGGGCACUCGUCUGACAGUGGUUGGGAAGAACGAUGAAAUCAUACCACCAGCUGUGGCCAUCUUUUCACCAUCAAAGCAAGAGAUUCAACAGAAGAACAAGGCCACACUGGUAUGCCUGGCCUCUGGUUUCUACCCUGAUAACCUCAAUUUAGUCUGGAAGGUGAAUGGUGUGAAGAGGACAGAAGGAGUGGGAACAGAUGAGACUUCCACAUCAAAUGGGAGCACUUAUGCAUUGACCAGCAGACUGAGAAUCUCAGCCCAAGAGUGGUUCAAUCCUCUGAAUCGUUUUGAGUGUAUUGCCAAUUUUUUUAAGAAUAAAACACUGGAAUCAAUACACAAAUUCAUCUAUGGUGAUACUGGCUGUGAUAUCUUCAGAGAAAACUAUCAGAGAACUGCUACAGCUGGGAAGUUUGUAUACAUGAUGCUCAUUUUCAAGAGUGCUUUGUAUGGGAUAUUUGUGUUGGGGAUGAUGCUUUGGUACAAGAAAGUGUACUAAAUAUGCUUUGCCUUGAAGAGGAAACAUUAUGCAAGUGGAAAGCUUCAGAUCUUCAAACACAAGUUCUGAUUUGCUUUAGGAAACAGUAAACAAACUACAUGGCA